CUUGUAUCAUUAGCGCAUGGAAACUAGUAGAGCGGCAAGUUUGACAGGAUUGCUUGAAGUAGCCACGCGUCAAAUUGCUUGAUAAGUUAAAGGUUUACUUCGUUUAUUCACUGGACGAAGUUUAGUGCUUGCUAUAUAUUUUGAAUGUUUUCAUCAUGAGCUCUCCUGAACCAGAAGAUAAUGAUUUCCAAUUCGUUCACCAGACUGAAUUGAGGUCAUUAGAGUAUAUGUCAAGAGAAAAUAACGUUGUUAAUGAUGAAGCUUCAGAAAAUAAUGAGUCUGGAGGACAUUUAUUGGGUCCACAAUCGGCUACUGAAUCCACUCAACUCCAACGAUUUCAAACGAAUAACCCAAGGCUACUUGGCGAAUCAUCUUCGUCACAAAUUUUCAAACAUCAUCUUAAGAAAUUGCAUGUAGCUGUCAACAAGAUUUUGGAAGUUGACCGGUCAUCUAAACACAAAAGUUUAUCAAAAAAGAACUUUAGAAACAAUCAGGAAGCUUAUGAUAAAAUGUUGGAUGCUGUUCGAGAGCUUGGAUCUUUUGUUGUCCAACGUCAGAAUGCACCAUCCUCUAGCGGUGAUCAUUCUCGAACUCUAGAGGAAAUGAAAUUUCGUUUUUCCAAAAGAGUACGCUCUAAGAGUACAACCUAUGAUGAUUCAAUCAGUCAUGGAUUAAGUCCAUCUAGCAAAACGAAACAUUUACCUAAGUCAACCAGACGUACAACAUCACUAACUAAACGUUCGAAAUCGCCUUAUCAUCGUUCAACAUCUAGUCAACCCCCGGUGUCUAAUGGCAGACAGUCAUAUCAUGCAAAGCAGUUAAAUAAUAUUGAAAAUGUUAAAAUAUUUCAUCAUGCCAAGACAACAUACAAAGUUCCAACCACUAAUGCGAACACAGAUCCGGUGCCUGAAAAUGUCGUACCUACACAGAAAUAUACAGAUCCAGAGAUCGCCUGUUUAGAAGCUGAAUUAUCGCAUCGCGAUACUCUUAUUCAAUACCUGUCUGAACAAUUAUCAAAAUUAUAUCAAGAUAAUGAUAGGAUAUUUGCUGAAUAUGAAUUUCAAGAAGCCAAUCUAACCAAUCAUUUACGUAUGUUACGGUCCCGUUUAACUGAAACCAGUGACAACCUAUCACGUCGACCGCAUCCACCAGCGCCACCGCCUUCGACUAAGGCUUAUCUUCAUACUGAUUAUACAACCCAAUCGAUAACAACAUCUCAACAGAUUAAUUUUAAUGUGACUGAUUCUCUAGUUCAUAAUUUUGCUACAGAACUUAAUCAUCAAUUGAUGGCAACUAUUGAUGACAAUAACCGUUCAGACCAACAACAACAACAGCAACAACAACCUACCUCAUUAUACCAAGUAGAAUUACAAGAACUUGGUAUGGCUGUACAAAAUCUGUUAACCUACUGGGAGAUAAAAAGUAAAGAAAUUAAUUAUCCAGUUGUAUGUCAACAAUUUUUUCAAUCUUUACUAAAUUUUUUCAACAUUUCACUCAAUUCACUGACCAAACCAUCGCCGCCGCCGCCGCCGCCACAAGCCCGAGAACCCUCCGAACUGUUGAAUUCAAAUUUAGACGAGUUAAAAUUAAGAGCUGAAACAGCUGAACAACAAGUUGGUCAUUUAUCGAAUGAAAUAAAAAAUUAUGAAUUUCAAUUGAGACAAUUGAAUGAACAGUUUAGUAGGAGAGUUGAACAAGAAGUUACUGAAAGAUUGAAACGCGCAGAUCAAUUAUCCAUGGGGUCAAUGUCGUCUUCAACAAGUUUUCAAGGCGAAGAAGAAGGAGGAUCACAAGCGCCAACUAUCGCUACCACGACUACAACAACUACUACUAUGGAUAUUGAUAAUUCACUAGAUGAUGAAUUAAAGGAGUCUAAACUGCCUCAGCCGCCGCCGGUGCCACUUCCGCCGUCAUCAUCAUCCGUCGGUAAAAUACAUAAACAUCCCUUAAAAUUGAUGUCAUCCAAAGCUGUUGAAUCUACUAUACCAGUACAGGCAAUACCUGUACCAAUGGCUUCAACAACCACACCAACAACCCCAACAACGAUAUUUGACAACCGUUCACUGAAUGAUUUACUUCAACGUAUCUGGGCAUGUUUAUUAUCUAGAGAAUCAGAAUUAAAAUCUAUGGAAGUACAAAAAUCAAAAUUAUGGUUAGUUAAAAAAGAAGAAUAUGAGACAUUGUUUGAAGCUUAUAGAAUUAUUGAACAAUUCCAGUUGAAUCAACAGCAACAACAGGAGCAGGAGGAGCAGCAGCAGAAUGACUAUUUGAAACCAGAACCAGUGAUAGUAGAGAUCGAUACAAGAUCGAGUCAAGCAGCCACGUCUACACUUGAUCCAAAGAAUGAUAUCAAUAAUGCUUCAACAGAUACACAGACACACCAUACUUUACCUGAUCAGUAUACAACAACAUCAACUUAUGAUAAAGAUGAAUGGGAAGAAAUUGUCACUGUAAGAUCGAUAAGGAAAGAGAAAUCGUAUUCAACAAAAUAUUCUACAAAAUCAGUACAGCAGUCAGAUAUUUCUACAUCAACAAGUGAUUUAGCACUAGAUGCAGAAGAAGUACAACAAGAACAACAACAAGAAGCAGAUAAAGAAUGUAAGCUAAAAGAGGAUCAUAUAACACCAUUGCAUAAUCGUGUUGAAAUGAUCCUGGUCAAUACAAGUGUUAUACGUGAGUUACAAGGAAAGUUAAACUCAUUGAAAUAUUCUCAUUUACAAUUAAUUAAUCAAUUUCAUAGCUUUAAUCAAUUAAUAUCUAAUCAAUUAGAUUGUGUUAAGUUAAUGUUUAAUCGAUAUAGCGAACAAACCAGAACUACUGAUGAGACACCGGGCAUACGAAACACAUUAGAAGGUAAAGACGAAACACGAGAAGAAGGCGUUGUCGUAGUUGUCAACAAUCAGAAUUGGUGGUCCACUGAGCCUGACCUAUCCACAAAUGAUGCUUAUCUCAAAGAAUUAACUGAAUUAAAACUGCAAUAUGAGAAUAUACAAAAUCAGUUAUCUAAAACUGAAGAAGAAUCGCGCGUUUUGAAAGCUAAUCUACAAGAUAUUGAAAAUCUGCUGAAGUUAUCGAUUUCAGAAAAUCAAUUAACCGAUUUGAAAGAGAUGAUAGAUUUAGUAGAUUGUGAGAAUAGUUCUCAUAUGAGGAGAUAUAUGUUUAAAGCAUAUGUUGAUUAUGUGAAUCAAAUUUUACAUGAACAUAAGACAAACUGUCGUCUACCGUUCAGUUAUCAGCCUAGUCAAGUAGAAAAUCAAUAUAAUGAAUCCGAUUAUCAAUUAUAUACAUUGAAUGAAUCAUUACAUCGUAUUAGUGAAUUACAUCAACUACUCUUGCAACAGCAACAACAACAACAAGAGCAGUCAAGGAAUCAGCAGAGAAGCUUUCCCGUGGAUACUGAACAAGAUCAAUAUCCAUUCAGUCAAGAAAUCGAUAAAUUACUAGAUGAUGAUAAGACAGAAAGUGUCAAUGUGAGUCAAAGUGAAUUCACUGAGAGAUUGGGACAUGCCAUAAAUAUAAUUUAUGAAGAAUUGAUUAGAUGUCAAAGACUCGUUGAUAAGUUGCUCAAUGAUAAAGCGAACCACUGUAAUAUUAUCAGCCAACAAGCCAAUGAUAUACAACAAUUGAAUGAGAGACUAAUAGCAAUUCAAAAUGACUCAAUGAAACAAGUAUAUCCCUCAGAUGAGAUUGCUCAACAGUGGCAAUACACUCAAACAUAUAUGACCCCCGAACCUGUAAAAGACAGUAUUCAAACAGACGAUAUUACCGACCAAUUCAUCGAAACCGAACAAGUAACGCCUAUCAUGACAUCCCCUACUCAAAUCGAGGGAACAGAAGUAACAGAUGUGCAUCAACCAUCGAAACCGUCACUAUCCGAAUAUAACGCAUUGGACGAGCUGUGUAGAGAUUUGCAGCGUGCACUGGACACACGAUCAUCGGAGUUGGAGACAGUAGUUGAGAAAAUGAGAGGAUGUGAAUCAGUGAAUGCAGCGUUGACGCGUGAGUGUGAGUUGUUAAAGCAUCGUGUAGAGAAGUACACAAGGGUGACUACUGAUCUGGAGAAUGAUGUGAGUCGAGCGAAGGCACUUGUGCCACUAGUUGUGAAUGAGCUGAGAGACUUGCGCACCGACUAUGGAGAUUGGUGUAGAGAACACGAAGAACGAGUUGGUGAGUGCAUUGAAGCUGUUGGGACAGCGCUAUCAGCGGUAUCAUCGUCAUUGGAUGAUGGUGGUGUGGUUGAACGUGUGGACCGUGAUUGUGGAACGAGUGAUUGGCCAGAGGAGUUGGAUGCUUCUGUGAGCGAAAUGAGAAGACUGUGCGAUUCGAACCGUGAGCUGUCAGAGGAUCUGUGUAAGUACCGAGAAUUGUGUGAUAAGCAAGCGUCGGAGAUAUCAUCGAUGCAGGUAGCUUUGCGUGAAGCAGUUGAGCAAGCGUCAUCGGCACGCGAUGAACUCGAGGCUUAUAGACAGGAGAAAGUGAGCGCGCUGUCAGAGUUGGAGAGACGACUGGCUGUUUCGAGCGAGGAGUGUUGUGCAUUACAGGCUGAAGUGCAGCGACUUGAGAAGUCGAUAGAAGAGAAUUGUAAGACAGCGGUUGCAAUAGCCAGUCGAGACUGGGAGUUGCACAUAGAGCAAGUGACGAGUGAACGUGACACUGCGCUUAGAGAGUUGGUGGAACUACGUGGAAGACUGGAGGCAGCAGAGAGUGUGAGGAUUGGAGGUGUUGAAGAAGCAGGUGCAGGAGCAGGCUCAGUAGCAGUAGCAGUAGCAGGCGAAGAAGUGGUGACGAGAGUGAUGACAAGCGAUGUGAGAACUGAGAAAGUCAUCGAGUGUGUCAUUGAACAUGAUGUGGCCUUGUCGUCAGGAUUGACGACACGUGAGUGGAGAGAGACUGUGAGCGUGGGAGUUGGUCAUGAUGUUGAGGACGACGAAUUGAUUGGCGGAACGGUAGUGGACGGUUGGAGCGACUACAAGUUGGAGUGGAGCGGUACUGGUGAUGAGGACAAGUCGCCGGCGAGUGUACCGAGUAGUGUUGUAUUUGUGGAUGCAGGCACUCAGGUGGUGGUUAGUGAGUUGUCGUUGAUCAGUGGUGAUGAGAGUUUGUCAAAAUCAGAGUCAGCUGGUGUUGGUGCUGGUGUUGACUUGUCUGUUGGUGUGGAUGUUGGAGAUGCGACUGGUGUUGAGACGGAGGUGGCGGUGGCGUCGGCGGCUGCAGAGGAGGAAUCACGUAAGUCGGUGGACGAGCUACGUGCAGAGUUGGCCUUCUGCUAUGACCAGAUAGCGACGCUAUCUAGAUGUGUGGAGGAGAGCGGUGACUCGUUGAGAGAUGUGCGUCAUUUGUUGAGUGUGAAGGAGAGAGAGGUAGCUGAACUGGAGGAGGAGAAGCGUCGUUUGUCGGUGGAGGUGAGUGAGGGUCAUGAGACACUGUGUGCAGAACGACGCGAUUUGGAGAUGCUUCGUGCGAAUGUUGCUGCGUUGGAGAAGGAGAUGGAGGUUAUGACGAGGCGGCGGGAUAUUGAGAGUGGUGUGUCAGAUGGUGUUGUUGUUGUUGGAGAGGAAGUGUGUGUGCAAACGGAGGUGGAGGAUGUCUUCGACUUGGUGUCGAAGCUGCAGCUGGAGGUGUCUCGUCUGCGUAGUGAGCGAUGGAGUAUUACAAGUUCCAUGGAGGUAUGUGAAAGGCUUCCUGUUGUGGAAUCUUUUCCAGCGGUUGUUUCUGCUCCACCGGCUAUCUUUAUUGAUGAAUCAUCGUCUUUCGUCUACCCUUCGACGUCUGUUUCACUUCAAGCAAGUAAACUUACGUCAGAUUCUUGGACGUCUAUGCGAAAUGUACCUUCUAUAAUUGAGUCUCAGAGCUGUUUCUCACUUCCUUGUGAAUAUCAAAUGCUUCCUGCUGCUAGCGAUGUUGUUUCUUCACUCCCCUCAUUUGAAAUGCCUCCAAUUGUUCCGUCGACUGUUGUUUCUUCUCUGUCUAGUGAUCUUGUCACGCAUCGUGAUUCACUUUCAGUUGUCUCCACAUCUUCGUAUAUCUCUUCAGUUCCCUCGUAUAAGUGUGAAACCAUUGAAGCUACUAUCCCACCACCUGUUAGGCACUUUUCUACGCACCCUAUUAUUGAAAUUUCUAAAGAAUACUCAUUUUCACUAAUAAAGACAGAUACCGGAGAACCUUCUAAUCUUGUUCUCAGAUCGCCUACUGAAUGGGAUAUCGAGGAUACCGGAAACCUAAAUGUCUUUGGAGAAUCUCCCACAGAUGAAAUUGAUCUUAUACAUCUACCGAAAGAUCUAAGUAUGACGUCAAGUAAUCAAGUUUUCCUUGAAUCUAAGGCCAUCACACUUGAUCAAUUGACUGAUGAUGGAGUGAAGAGUGAUCUGUGUUUAGAACGGGAUACUUCGUCCAGUCAGCAGCUUAAAUCAUCAGUCCCUGAAAUGUUGUUAACAUUACAACGAGCACCUGCUCAAGAUAUUUUUGAUGAGACAGACAAUCUAUCUGAAAUGUUAUUCACCCCUUCAGUAGCAGUAGCGAAUAAUACUGUCACUUUGGAUGCAUUGGGAGACACAUAUCAGAAAGCCUCAAUGCCAGAAUUACCCUGUCAACCAACAGAAGCAGACACCCAUCUUCAAGAUGAAAAAAUGCUCAUCAAUUCACUCAUACCACCGCCACCUCGACUUCCUACAAGAGUCAUUAUCAGCGAUUCAAAGCUCCAUUCUUCAGCUCAUCCUAAAAAAGCAUAUAAGACGUCUGUGCUUGAAGACACUAAGACAUCAGUGCCUUCUAGACUAUCAUCUCCGGUUGAACCAGAUAACAAUGAAAGUCAAUUCUACACUGAGCCUACAGAAUACAUAUCCAAAGAAUUUAGUAGUAUAGACGACGAAGGGAUAACACAUACUUCAGACUUGAUGGACUUCACCAAUGUGGUACAACCAUCACAGAUAUUUAAUCCAUUAGCUGAAGGAGAUGAACAUCACAGAAUUGAAAUUCAGGCGGAAAUACAGCAAAGUGACAUCGUGUCGGCAGCAAGACAAUGGAGCGAAACGAAAGCGGAUGAAACUGCUGUAUAUGCAUCUACAAUGUCUGAAACAUCCCAAAUAUGGAGUGAAAUAGCCUCAUUAGAAGAAAAUGAACCUGUAAAUGACAAAUUAACAAACUUACCAUUCCCUGUAACCCGAAGCGAUGCACAAAUCACCGACAGUAUCUACCUACAACCAACAAUGAUUAAUGAGCAGUUAGAUACCAAUCAAAGUGAAGAAUCAUAUCAUUCCCACGACACUCAAGACAACAGUGCAAAAUAUACAGAACACGAACAGCAUCAAGAAAGUCAAACAACCGAAACAACACCAAGCCAACAAACACACACGAGGAUCACAAACAACCUUGAAACCAUAACGGAAAUAAAUAUCUACAAAACAAAAACCAUCACACAAGAAAAGAUAAUCUCGAAAGAAGUCUUAAUAAACAAAACAACAGCGAAUGAAAAAUCAAUCAAUCAAGCAAGCUCUGAAACACAAAGUGAACCAGGAAACGUCAUUCAAACAAAAGCAAAUGAAACCGAACCAGAUAUUGUCCCGGAUCGACUGCAGCCACAGACUACUGACUCAAGUGUUGUGGGCGUUGCAGACGAGGAAUUGAUCUCACCUGUUCGUGUGAUUCAGAGUGAGACAAGACCAGUGAGAGAUUUGCGUGCAGCACAUACGGAAGCGAACGCCGAUCGAGCCGACAUGGCGAACAAACUGAUUGAAUAUGAACGGGCUGCAGUUUGCUUGGAUUCAGCUGCCGAUCAUCCAACACGAGAGGUGCAAGACGCCGAUGAACCGUCGAAACCCUCACUAUCCGAAUAUAACGCAUUGGACGAGCUGUGUAGAGAUUUGCAGCGUGCACUGGACACACGAUCAUCGGAGUUGGAGACAGUAGUUGAGAAAAUGAGAGGAUGUGAAUCAGUGAAUGCAGCGUUGACGCGUGAGUGUGAGUUGUUAAAGCAUCGUGUAGAGAAGUACACAAGGGUGACUACUGAUCUGGAGAAUGAUGUGAGUCGAGCGAAGGCACUUGUGCCACUAGUUGUGAAUGAGCUGAGAGACUUGCGCACCGACUAUGGAGAUUGGUGUAGAGAACACGAAGAACGAGUUGGUGAGUGCAUUGAAGCUGUUGGGACAGCGCUAUCAGCGGUAUCAUCGUCAUUGGAUGAUGGUGGUGUGGUUGAACGUGUGGACCGUGAUUGUGGAACGAGUGAUUGGCCAGAGGAGUUGGAUGCUUCUGUGAGCGAAAUGAGAAGACUGUGCGAUUCGAACCGUGAGCUGUCAGAGGAUCUGUGCAAGUACCGCGAAUUGUGUGAUAAGCAAGCGUCGGAGAUAUCAUCGAUGCAGGUAGCUUUGCGUGAAGCAGUUGAGCAAGCGUCAUCGGCACGCGAUGAACUCGAGGCUUAUAGACAGGAGAAAGUGAGCGCGCUGUCAGAGUUGGAGAGACGACUGGCUGUUUCGAGCGAGGAGUGUUGUGCAUUACAGGCUGAAGUGCAGCGACUUGAGAAGUCGAUAGAAGAGAAUUGUAAGACAGCGGUUGCAAUAGCCAGUCGAGACUGGGAGUUGCACAUAGAGCAAGUGACGAGUGAACGUGACACUGCGCUUAGAGAGUUGGUGGAACUACGUGGAAGACUGGAGGCAGCAGAGAGUGUGAGGAUUGGAGGUGUUGAAGAAGCCGGUGCAGGCGCAGGCGCAGUAGCAGUAGCGGUAGCAGGCGAAGAAGUGGUGACGAGAGUGAUGACAAGCGAUGUGAGAACUGAGAAAGUCAUCGAGUGUGUCAUUGAACAUGAUGUGGCCUUGUCGUCAGGAUUGACGACACGUGAGUGGAGAGAGACUGUGAGCGUGGGAGUUGGUCAUGAUGUUGAGGACGACGAAUUGAUUGGCGGAACGGUAGUGGACGGUUGGAGCGACUACAAGUUGGAGUGGAGCGGUACUGGUGAUGAGGACAAGUCGCCGGCGAGUGUACCGAGUAGUGUUGUAUUUGUGGAUGCAGGCACUCAGGUGGUGGUUAGUGAGUUGUCGUUGAUCAGUGGUGAUGAGAGUUUGUCAAAAUCAGAGUCAGCCGGUGUUGGUGCUGGUGCUGGUGUUGAAAUGGAGGCGGCGGCUGCAGAGGAGGAGGAAUCGCGUAAGUCGAUGGACGAGCUACGUGCAGAGUUGGCCUUCUGCUAUGACCAGAUGGCGACGCUAUCGAGAUGUGUGGAGGAGAGCGGUGACUCGUUGAGAGAUGUGCGUCAUUUGUUGAGUGUGAAGGAGAGAGAGGUAGCUGAACUGGAGGAGGAGAAGCGUCGUUUGUCGGUGGAGGUGAGUGAGGGUCAUGAGACACUGUGUGCAGAACGACGCGAUUUGGAGAUGCUUCGUGCGAAUGUUGCUGCGUUGGAGAAGGAGAUGGAGGUGAUGACGAGGCGGCGGGAUAUUGAGAGUGGUGUGUCAGAUGGUGUUGUUGUUGUUGGAGAGGAAGUGUGUGUGCAAACGGAGGUGGAGGAUGUCUUCGACUUGGUGUCGAAGCUGCAGCUGGAGGUGUCUCGUCUGCGUAGUGAACAAUUGACGAUGUCCACAGCUCUCGAGCUUUCCCAGUGUGAGUUGGACAGGAAACGUGAUGAAGUGCAGAAGUUGGAAUCACGCGUUGCGGCGGUGGAGGCGAGUCGAUCCAUACCUUGUGAAGGUUUGACGAGAACGCCUGAUGUGACUGUUGAUGAGUUGACGCGAGUUGACUAUCGAGUUGAAGUGGAAGCUGCUGUUUUGUCUGGUCUUCCGGAUAGGGCGUUAGUAGAGACUGUCGUGUGUGACACAGCAGGAGACAUUGUUCCGGAUCGACUGCAGCCACAGACUACUGACUCAAGUGUUGUGGGCGUUGCAGACGAGGAAUUGAUCUCACCUGUUCGUGUGAUUCAGAGUGAGACAAGACCAGUGAGUGAGGACGCAGAACUCGACGUGUUGAGUACAGACAGUCUGAGAGAGAGACUGAGGGAUGCGAUGAACAGAAUCAGUGAACUUGAGAAUGCCAAGGCAGAGCUGAGUGUGCGUGUAUGUGAGCUGGAAGGUGUCGUUGUGUGUGACGACAAGUCGACGAGUGUGGGUGAGAGUUUGUCAAAGGAGGUUGAAGAGGCUGUCGCCUUGUCGAAACACAAUGAGGAUCUGAAGAGAGAGGUGGACUUGUUGCGAAACAGUGUAUCAGAACGCACAAUGCUGUUGGACGAUGUGUGCAUGGAGAUGAAUGAGAUUAGAGGAUCACUGGGCUCCCUGUUGAGUCAGGUGAGAGAUUUGCGUGCAGCACAUACGGAAGCGAACGCCGAUCGAGCCGACAUGGCGAACAAACUGAUUGAAUAUGAACGGGCUGCAGUUUGCUUGGAUUCAGCUGCCGAUCAUCCAACACGAGAGGUGCAAGACGCCGAUGAACCGUCGAAACCCUCACUAUCCGAAUAUAACGCAUUGGACGAGCUGUGUAGAGAUUUGCAGCGUGCACUGGACACACGAUCAUCGGAGUUGGAGACAGUAGUUGAGAAAAUGAGAGGAUGUGAAUCAGUGAAUGUAGCGUUGACGCGUGAGUGUGAGUUGUUAAAGCAUCGUGUAGAGAAGUACACAAGGGUGACUACUGAUCUGGAGAAUGAUGUGAGUCGAGCGAAGGCACUUGUGCCACUAGUUGUGAAUGAGCUGAGAGACUUGCGCACCGACUAUGGAGAUUGGUGUAGAGAACACGAAGAACGAGUUGGUGAGUGCAUUGAAGCUGUUGGGACAGCGCUAUCAGCGGUAUCAUCGUCAUUGGAUGAUGGUGGUGUGGUUGAACGUGUGGACCGUGAUUGUGGAACGAGUGAUUGGCCAGAGGAGUUGGAUGCUUCUGUGAGCGAAAUGAGAAGACUGUGCGAUUCGAACCGUGAGCUGUCAGAGGAUCUGUGCAAGUACCGCGAAUUGUGUGAUAAGCAAGCGUCGGAGAUAUCAUCGAUGCAGGUAGCUUUGCGUGAAGCAGUUGAGCAAGCGUCAUCGGCACGCGAUGAACUCGAGGCUUAUAGACAGGAGAAAGUGAGCGCGCUGUCAGAGUUGGAGAGACGACUGGCUGUUUCGAGCGAGGAGUGUUGUGCAUUACAGGCUGAAGUGCAGCGACUUGAGAAGUCGAUAGAAGAGAAUUGUAAGACAGCGGUUGCAAUAGCCAGUCGAGACUGGGAGUUGCACAUAGAGCAAGUGACGAGUGAACGUGACACUGCGCUUAGAGAGUUGGUGGAACUACGUGGAAGACUGGAGGCAGCAGAGAGUGUGAGGAUUGGAGGUGUUGAAGAAGCCGGUGCAGGCGCAGGCGCAGUAGCAGUAGCGGUAGCAGGCGAAGAAGUGGUGACGAGAGUGAUGACAAGCGAUGUGAGAACUGAGAAAGUCAUCGAGUGUGUCAUUGAACAUGAUGUGGCCUUGUCGUCAGGAUUGACGACACGUGAGUGGAGAGAGACUGUGAGCGUGGGAGUUGGUCAUGAUGUUGAGGACGACGAAUUGAUUGGCGGAACGGUAGUGGACGGUUGGAGCGACUACAAGUUGGAGUGGAGCGGUACUGGUGAUGAGGACAAGUCGCCGGCGAGUGUACCGAGUAGUGUUGUAUUUGUGGAUGCAGGCACUCAGGUGGUGGUUAGUGAGUUGUCGUUGAUCAGUGGUGAUGAGAGUUUGUCAAAAUCAGAGUCAGCCGGUGUUGGUGCUGGUGCUGGUGUUGAAAUGGAGGCGGCGGCUGCAGAGGAGGAGGAAUCGCGUAAGUCGAUGGACGAGCUACGUGCAGAGUUGGCCUUCUGCUAUGACCAGAUAGCGACGCUAUCGAGAUGUGUGGAGGAGAGCGGUGACUCGUUGAGAGAUGUGCGUCAUUUGUUGAGUGUGAAGGAGAGAGAGGUAGCUGAACUGGAGGAGGAGAAGCGUCGUUUGUCGGUGGAGGUGAGUGAGGGUCAUGAGACACUGUGUGCAGAACGACGCGAUUUGGAGAUGCUUCGUGCGAAUGUUGCUGCGUUGGAGAAGGAGAUGGAGGUGAUGACGAGGCGGCGGGAUAUUGAGAGUGGUGUGUCAGAUGGUGUUGUUGUUGUUGGAGAGGAAGUGUGUGUGCAAACGGAGGUGGAGGAUGUCUUCGACUUGGUGUCGAAGCUGCAGCUGGAGGUGUCUCGUCUGCGUAGUGAACAAUUGACGAUGUCCACAGCUCUCGAGCUUUCCCAGUGUGAGUUGGACAGGAAACGUGAUGAAGUGCAGAAGUUGGAAUCACGCGUUGCGGCGGUGGAGGCGAGUCGAUCCAUACCUUGUGAAGGUUUGACGAGAACGCCUGAUGUGACUGUUGAUGAGUUGACGCGAGUUGACUAUCGAGUUGAAGUGGAAGCUGCUGUUUUGUCUGGUCUUCCGGAUAGGGCGUUAGUAGAGACUGUCGUGUGUGACACAGCAGGAGACAUUGUUCCGGAUCGACUGCAGCCACAGACUACUGACUCAAGUGUUGUGGGCGUUGCAGACGAGGAAUUGAUCUCACCUGUUCGUGUGAUUCAGAGUGAGACAAGACCAGUGAGUGAGGACGCAGAACUCGACGUGUUGAGUACAGACAGUCUGAGAGAGAGACUGAGGGAUGCGAUGAACAGAAUCAGUGAACUUGAGAAUGCCAAGGCAGAGCUGAGUGUGCGUGUAUGUGAGCUGGAAGGUGUCGUUGUGUGUGACGACAAGUCGACGAGUGUGGGUGAGAGUUUGUCAAAGGAGGUUGAAGAGGCUGUCGCCUUGUCGAAACACAAUGAGGAUCUGAAGAGAGAGGUGGACUUGUUGCGAAACAGUGUAUCAGAACGCACAAUGCUGUUGGACGAUGUGUGCAUGGAGAUGAAUGAGAUUAGAGGAUCACUGGGCUCCCUGUUGAGUCAGGUGAGAGAUUUGCGUGCAGCACAUACGGAAGCGAACGCCGAUCGAGCCGACAUGGCGAACAAACUGAUUGAAUAUGAACGGGCUGCAGUUUGCUUGGAUUCAGCUGCCGAUCAUCCAACACGAGAGGUGCAAGACGCCGAUGAACCGUCGAAACCCUCACUAUCCGAAUAUAACGCAUUGGACGAGCUGUGUAGAGAUUUGCAGCGUGCACUGGACACACGAUCAUCGGAGUUGGAGACAGUAGUUGAGAAAAUGAGAGGAUGUGAAUCAGUGAAUGCAGCGUUGACGCGUGAGUGUGAGUUGUUAAAGCAUCGUGUAGAGAAGUACACAAGGGUGACUACUGAUCUGGAGAAUGAUGUGAGUCGAGCGAAGGCACUUGUGCCACUAGUUGUGAAUGAGCUGAGAGACUUGCGCACCGACUAUGGAGAUUGGUGUAGAGAACACGAAGAACGAGUUGGUGAGUGCAUUGAAGCUGUUGGGACAGCGCUAUCAGCGGUAUCAUCGUCAUUGGAUGAUGGUGGUGUGGUUGAACGUGUGGACCGUGAUUGUGGAACGAGUGAUUGGCCAGAGGAGUUGGAUGCUUCUGUGAGCGAAAUGAGAAGACUGUGCGAUUCGAACCGUGAGCUGUCAGAGGAUCUGUGUAAGUACCGAGAAUUGUGUGAUAAGCAAGCGUCUGAGAUAUCAUCGAUGCAGGUAGCUUUGCGUGAAGCAGUUGAGCAAGCGUCAUCGGCACGCGAUGAACUCGAGGCUUAUAGACAGGAGAAAGUGAGCGCGCUGUCAGAGUUGGAGAGACGACUGGCUGUUUCGAGCGAGGAGUGUUGUGCAUUACAGGCUGAAGUGCAGCGACUUGAGAAGUCGAUAGAAGAGAAUUGUAAGACAGCGGUUGCAAUAGCCAGUCGAGACUGGGAGUUGCACAUAGAGCAAGUGACGAGUGAACGUGACACUGCGCUUAGAGAGUUGGUGGAACUACGUGGAAGACUGGAGGCAGCAGAGAGUGUGAGGAUUGGAGGUGUUGAAGAAGCCGGUGCAGGCGCAGGCGCAGUAGCAGUAGCGGUAGCAGGCGAAGAAGUGGUGACGAGAGUGAUGACAAGCGAUGUGAGAACUGAGAAAGUCAUCGAGUGUGUCAUUGAACAUGAUGUGGCCUUGUCGUCAGGAUUGACGACACGUGAGUGGAGAGAGACUGUGAGCGUGGGAGUUGGUCAUGAUGUUGAGGACGACGAAUUGAUUGGCGGAACGGUAGUGGACGGUUGGAGCGACUACAAGUUGGAGUGGAGCGGUACUGGUGAUGAGGACAAGUCGCCGGCGAGUGUACCGAGUAGUGUUGUAUUUGUGGAUGCAGGCACUCAGGUGGUGGUUAGUGAGUUGUCGUUGAUCAGUGGUGAUGAGAGUUUGUCAAAAUCAGAGUCAGCCGGUGUUGGUGCUGGUGCUGGUGUUGAAAUGGAGGCGGCGGCUGCAGAGGAGGAGGAAUCGCGUAAGUCGAUGGACGAGCUACGUGCAGAGUUGGCCUUCUGCUAUGACCAGAUGGCGACGCUAUCGAGAUGUGUGGAGGAGAGCGGUGACUCGUUGAGAGAUGUGCGUCAUUUGUUGAGUGUGAAGGAGAGAGAGGUAGCUGAACUGGAGGAGGAGAAGCGUCGUUUGUCGGUGGAGGUGAGUGAGGGUCAUGAGACACUGUGUGCAGAACGACGCGAUUUGGAGAUGCUUCGUGCGAAUGUUGCUGCGUUGGAGAAGGAGAUGGAGGUGAUGACGAGGCGGCGGGAUAUUGAGAGUGGUGUGUCAGAUGGUGUUGUUGUUGUUGGAGAGGAAGUGUGUGUGCAAACGGAGGUGGAGGAUGUCUUCGACUUGGUGUCGAAGCUGCAGCUGGAGGUGUCUCGUCUGCGUAGUGAACAAUUGACGAUGUCCACAGCUCUCGAGCUUUCCCAGUGUGAGUUGGACAGGAAACGUGAUGAAGUGCAGAAGUUGGAAUCACGCGUUGCGGCGGUGGAGGCGAGUCGAUCCAUACCUUGUGAAGGUUUGACGAGAACGCCUGAUGUGACUGUUGAUGAGUUGACGCGAGUUGACUAUCGAGUUGAAGUGGAAGCUGCUGUUUUGUCUGGUCUUCCGGAUAGGGCGUUAGUAGAGACUGUCGUGUGUGACACAGCAGGAGACAUUGUUCCGGAUCGACUGCAGCCACAGACUACUGACUCAAGUGUUGUGGGCGUUGCAGACGAGGAAUUGAUCUCACCUGUUCGUGUGAUUCAGAGUGAGACAAGACCAGUGAGUGAGGACGCAGAACUCGACGUGUUGAGUACAGACAGUCUGAGAGAGAGACUGAGGGAUGCGAUGAACAGAAUCAGUGAACUUGAGAAUGCCAAGGCAGAGCUGAGUGUGCGUGUAUGUGAGCUGGAAGGUGUCGUUGUGUGUGACGACAAGUCGACGAGUGUGGGUGAGAGUUUGUCAAAGGAGGUUGAAGAGGCUGUCGCCUUGUCGAAACACAAUGAGGAUCUGAAGAGAGAGGUGGACUUGUUGCGAAACAGUGUAUCAGAACGCACAAUGCUGUUGGACGAUGUGUGCAUGGAGAUGAAUGAGAUUAGAGGAUCACUGGGCUCCCUGUUGAGUCAGGUGAGAGAUUUGCGUGCAGCACAUACGGAAGCGAACGCCGAUCGAGCCGACAUGGCGAACAAACUGAUUGAAUAUGAACGGGCUGCAGUUUGCUUGGAUUCAGCUGCCGAUCAUCCAACACGAGAGGUGCAAGACGCCGAUGAACCGUCGAAACCCUCACUAUCCGAAUAUAACGCAUUGGACGAGCUGUGUAGAGAUUUGCAGCGUGCACUGGACACACGAUCAUCGGAGUUGGAGACAGUAGUUGAGAAAAUGAGAGGAUGUGAAUCAGUGAAUGCAGCGUUGACGCGUGAGUGUGAGUUGUUAAAGCAUCGUGUAGAGAAGUACACAAGGGUGACUACUGAUCUGGAGAAUGAUGUGAGUCGAGCGAAGGCACUUGUGCCACUAGUUGUGAAUGAGCUGAGAGACUUGCGCACCGACUAUGGAGAUUGGUGUAGAGAACACGAAGAACGAGUUGGUGAGUGCAUUGAAGCUGUUGGGACAGCGCUAUCAGCGGUAUCAUCGUCAUUGGAUGAUGGUGGUGUGGUUGAACGUGUGGACCGUGAUUGUGGAACGAGUGAUUGGCCAGAGGAGUUGGAUGCUUCUGUGAGCGAAAUGAGAAGACUGUGCGAUUCGAACCGUGAGCUGUCAGAGGAUCUGUGCAAGUACCGCGAAUUGUGUGAUAAGCAAGCGUCGGAGAUAUCAUCGAUGCAGGUAGCUUUGCGUGAAGCAGUUGAGCAAGCGUCAUCGGCACGCGAUGAACUCGAGGCUUAUAGACAGGAGAAAGUGAGCGCGCUGUCAGAGUUGGAGAGACGUCUGGCUGUUUCGAGCGAGGAGUGUUGUGCAUUACAGGCUGAAGUGCAGCGACUUGAGAAGUCGAUAGAAGAGAAUUGUAAGACAGCGGUUGCAAUAGCCAGUCGAGACUGGGAGUUGCACAUAGAGCAAGUGACGAGUGAACGUGACACUGCGCUUAGAGAGUUGGUGGAACUACGUGAAAGACUGGAGGCAGCAGAGAGUGUGAAGAUUGGAGGUGUUGAAGAAGCAGGCGCAGUAGCAAUAUCAGGUCAUGUUGCAUCAUCCUCAUUUCAUUCACCCUUAUCUGUUGUUCCAUCUCGUGAACCUGUUCAAUCAUUUACAUCCGGUUUGGAUACUGAACUUUCUCACCUACGUCGUGAAUUUUCGAAAACUUCAAUGUCUUUAAUGUAUGCCGUUGAUCUUGUUGAUGAUUGUUUCAAACUCCUAUUGUUAUUCACACGCCUAUUGACUGAAAUUCUGAAUACCUCAUCGUCUUCCAUCCUAGACGCUGAAAUGUCUUCCAAUGUAAUAAACAAUUUAAAAAAUAUUCUCUCCAUUACAAAUUCUACUUAUUUUGUUGAAUAUUUUGGUGAUUAUACGCCUGUUUUAUCGGAGUUUACAAAUUUAUGUGAUCUCAUCGCGUCGAAUCCACAAUCCUCCACAUGUUCAAUUUGUCAUCGAAUCAUUGUGAACAACGAUUCGAUCAUUUUAUCUAGUUUAUGCAUGGAUUGUUCUACGGAUUUAGAAGGUUUAGAUUAUGCCAGUUUUAGAGAAUUUAUCGAUUCCAGUGAGAAGAAUCGAUAUUCUGAUGUUGCGUCUACUGAGCAUCCUACAACUAACGGUACUAAUGAUGAAAUAAUUGAAACUGCUAGACACUCAUCAACUUGCCUAUCUGUACCUAUCAAUAACGAGAAUGAGAUUUGUGAUACUCCUGAUGCGAAUACUGCCACUAUUAUUCCAGCUGAAUUAAUUCACACUAUUCAGGAUCUUGAAGAUAAACUUCUAAUCGCUGAAUCAGAAAGAAAUCGCUUAAAUCAAUUAAUCUAUUCAUUAUCGAUGCCAACGUCUACUACGUCUUGUUCUUCUUCUACUCAAGACAAUGACGAAUACAAGCGAUUACAACUUGACUUUUCAAAUAUCAAUAAUACAAAUAAGCAUUUAAAAUUAUUUAUUCAUGAAUUAUUUGAAGAAAUUUAUCAAUAUUUAAAAGUAUCCAUAGAAAAGUCACCCUCGACAUCAUCUUUAGUUGAAUCUUUGCAAAAAUUAAUUUGUUUAAAUCGCCAAGUGAAUGACUACAUUGACCUUGAAGAUAUUUCCCGCCGUUUUGAAACAAUCAUUGAACAAUUAAAACAAUUAAAGGACACCAACAAAGAAGAUGAUGGUGAUGUUGAUAUCUUGGAGAUGCAAAACCGUUUGGAACAAAUGCAGUCAGAUUAUGAAAAACUUUGUUUUGAAAAUAUUUAUUUAACCAAAAAAAUCAAUACACAACUAUCAAUUGGUAAUCAAGAUAAAUUGAAUAUUGGAAGAGGUAUAUUAAAUUGUACAAUAGAACAAUUGAAACAAUUGAAUACACUGAUCAAUAAAUCAAUAAUUGAUAAAAGUUGUUAUCCACUUGUUAAUAUUGAUGAUACAUUUAAAACAUUGGAGGAAAUUCACUUGUCAGAUAAUUUAAUGUUGGCAUUAAAUACCAGUGAAUAUAAAUCAGAAAUUAUUCGAUGUUAUCAAUAUGUUAAACAAUUAAUUGAAGAAAAUUUAAAAUUGAAGACUUUACAAAAUCUAAAAGUAUCCUCUCCAUCAGAAGUUGAUGAUGGUGAUAAUGACGGCGAUACGCCACCGGCUUAUCCACUUGAUGCUAAUCUUCAUGAACAAUUCUCUACCCUAGAGACUUCAUUGUCAACCACUAUGAAUUGCCUGUUGAAUCGUGUAGACGAAUUAACUCAAAGAAUUGAUGUCCUACAGAGUGGAAUUGAAAAAUCUUCCCGACAUGUCAAGUCGUCACAGGUUGACCGUCUUGAAGAGUUCCAACAGGACAUGAAUAAUCAAAUGUUAAAUGAUGAAUUAACUUCAUUAAAACAACGAGACAUUGAAUGGGAAGUUAACAUCAAUACCCUUUAUAAUUGUUUAUCACAAGUGAUCGUAGACGAUAGUGACAAAGGCGUGGAGAAGACGGAGAAAGAGAAGAAGGAUAGAGGAGAGGAACAGCAGCAGAAGGAUGACGAGAAGGUGGAGUACGAAGACGCUAAGUCCACAAAACAGCCUAUACAUCAUCCAGAAGAAAUCUUACCCCAAUUCAAUCAAUUUAUCAAUACUGCACAAACACAAAUCAAUAGAAUAGCUAAUCUUGAAAAUCAAUACAAUGAACUCAAUUUACAAUUGAAUCAAUUAUCCGAAGAAUAUGAACAAGCACGUUGUGAAGUGAAACGUCUGCAGACAACAGCUAGUCAACAGACUAAUGAUGCAGAUAGAUAUACAAAUAUGUUAGAUUAUUUAGUAGCUAAAAUUAUUGAUCUUUCAAGUGAAUUACCUGAUCCCAGUUCAUCGCCUGGCGAUGAUCAGGAUCAUCAUGGACUGGAUGUUAUCCGUAUUCCAAAAUCUUCAUCUAGUACAGAUAUUGAACUUAUUUUAAUAAGAAUUAAAAAAUACCUUUGUGAGUAUAAAUCAAUUCAAGAAAAGUUGAGACAAGUUGAAGAAGAGAAAGCUUCACUUAUUAAUCGAUUAGCAAAACAAUAUGACUACCAACCAGAAGAAGUAGUGGAACAAGAAGAAGUACAUACAACUCUGCCUGUCUUGUCUUUAGAGAAGCCUGUUGAAAAGAUUGAAACUGUCGAUACUGAAUGCCUUCAAAUGAUGUCAUAUGCUAUGCCACCACCUUCUGCCCCACCCUCUUCUCAUAAAGACACCAAGCCAGUUAUCGAUCAAUUGUCUGCUAUGAAAGAUGAUAUCAUGCUGUUAAGAUGUGAAACGAUCAAUAUGAUAGAAACUAUGAAUCAAAAGCUUGAAAGUACCAUUGAAUACACUACUGCAUGUCUAACUGAUACUUCGCCAUCAUCGUCAUCUCUAUUGAAAAAAUCAGAAAUACUAUUCAACUUUACUAAAGAUUUAACCACUACAGUAUCACUGGAACCGUCAAUAGAUGAUGCUCUAGUAGAGAAUCCCCUGGAAGUCAUCUCAGAAGAUGAUCUCACUGUAUUCGUGAAUGCCUUACUCAACAGAAUUAAAGAUACUUCGAAAGAGAGAAAUCAGCCGCCAUUAGAUGGUGAUAUACAUAUUAUUGAUUCAAAACUUAUGCACAAUUAUUCACUACUCAUCAAUAAAUUGAGUAGUAUUCUACACCUUCCUACAACAUCUUAUCGAUCAGAUCAAUUCAUCAAUGCACAGAUUGAAGAAAUUCUCAAUCGUUUACCAAAUCUUUUAACAAAUCAAAAGAUGAAUGAAUUAUGCGAAUAUAUUGAUCAAUUACUUAUCGAUCUAACUGACAUGAUGAUGAUGAUGAUGAGUAACGUUGUUAUUGAAGAAAACGAUCAAUAUUCUAUAAAAGUUGAUGAAUUAUCAGACUAUCUUAUCACUAAUUCAUUAGAGUCUACAAAUCUUCCUGAAAGAUUUAUACAACUGCAUAAACUGCUUCUUCAUCGUCAGUUAUCACAACAGCGUCAAACACCUCUGUCAAAGACACUUGUCGAUGUUUACUCCACUGGCGGUGGCGGUGUUGGUCGUGGUCAAGUAGAGACUACCGAAGAAGUAUCAAAAGUUGAAUCGGUUUCAAUUUUAAGAAAUAUAAUAAAGAGUUGUAUAAUCCAUGAAAAGGAUUAUCGAUUAUUACAAUCCCAAUUAUCUCAAGAUGCUGCUGUAUCAUCACUCACGACUACUGAUACACUCGAUAAUGAUCUAUUGACGUUAUCAUUCAAUGAAUUAAUUGAUCUUCUAUCACAGAAAUGGUUACAACUUGAUAAUCGAUUAAAAGAAUUUAUUGAUUAUAUUAGAUUAUAUCAUUUAAAAGAAAGAGAGAUGAUCACCGAACAAAUCGAUAAUAAACCUCAACAACAACAAAGUGUCCAAAGAACAACAGAACAUCAGUUGCCUUUCAGAAGAUAUCGAUCGAAUUCUUUUUCAUAUUCUCCUCGAUUAUCUUGUUGCUGUAAUAAUAAUAAACUGUUAUCAAUAAGAAAUAAGAAUAAAUCUAUGUUAACUUUAUCGACAACCAGCUCAGCAAAAACAACAUUAUUACACUAUGCCUCAUUAUUAGAAUUAUUAACAGUUCUCGAAUUAUAUACUCCAGCCUUUUUAAUGCAUGUGAAACCAAUGAAAGAGAUCCACUUGACGUAUCAUUUAAAAGCGAACACUAUGAAGUGUGGAUUACAACAACUGCGAAGAUAUUUAAUGCAACUUACACCACCAACACACGAACAAGAACAAGAACAGCAACAACAACAGCAGACGGCGACGAGGUACACCGAAGAAUUAAACACAUAUUUACAACAUAUCAAUACCUAUUUACACAUGAAAGAAUUAUGCACUAAACAGGCGUUGAAUGAUUUACGCUCAGAGUUGAUAGCGUUGAAUAGACAAAAGCAUAAAUUAUUGAAAAGGAAAGUAUCGAAUGUGACAACAACAUCGACAAAGACAGUCAACCUUCUGCCUAUCGCAUCAACAUCUUCCACAGUACCAAUCAUCUCGUCUUCAUCAAAUAUCCUGCCGACUGUUAUUUAUGAAGAUGAAGAAGUUCUACAGGAGAAGUUGAUGUGUACAAAAGACAGACUGAAACAAACUAUACUUAUAUAUAAGUGUAUACAAGAAUUGUUAAAUUAUCAAUCCGAUUAUUAUCACUAUUAUCACUAUAAUUUAAAAUCGAUCCAUAAUGCUCAAGAGAUGACUGGUGAUCAUGAUGGUGAUGAUGAUCGUCGAGGUAGACGACUGAGUGGCAGGGGGAGUACUCUUUGUCGUAGUCAAUUAUCAAAUUAUCCGAAUGCAGAUGAUUAUUGGGCGGAGACUGAUAUUGAUGCUGAAUAUACUCAUGAUCGGAAUCGUGAUCUAGAUCAAUCACAAACUACUCUGUUAUGUAAUUAUGAUCCUGAUGAUGGCAAUCUAUUGUAUAUUGGUAGUAGUAUUAGUGGUGGUGGUGGUUAUAACGACCGGGAGCAUCGGGAUCAAUAUAAUGAACUGGAAUACGCCCUACGCUUGUUACAUAUACGUGAUACUGAGUUAUUGUAUCUCAUAUCCCUUCAACAUGAUAAUACUAACAAUAACACCGAUACAGGAUACAAUAAUCUAAAAUUCAAUCUGUCAACCACCACUGCUGCCUAUACUACUACUACUACUAACAAUGAUAUCAGUAGUAGAGGUAAUAGUAGUAGUCAAUGGCUUAAAGAGAAAUUGGAUAAAUUUAUGCAUUGGAAUAAUGUACAACCGAUCAAUGUGCAUAAUAUACCAAUUCAUCGUAUUGAAUUCAGUCAGCCUCAACACCUUCAACAACCACAACCACAACAACCACAAAUAAUCGAUAUAAUGACUACUACACCUAAUCUAUUGGUGAAAAGUCAUUUAUUGUCAAGCACAGAUGAUGAAAGAUCAACUGCACUGUUUACAAGUCAAUCAUUUGAUCAUAUGACAUAUUAUUAUGAAGAUGAAACAGAUAUAUACGAACAACAUUUGUACACAUUAGUCCAGAUUGCAUUGAAUAAAUUAGAUCAAUUGAAUAAAAGUUAUGCAGAACCAAAGAGACCAUUAUUAUUAUCACCGGAUCGUGAAGAUGAACUUACUGAAUUACUCGAUAGAGUUAUCAAAUUAAUCCCAUUGGAAAGUCACAUUAGUAGUAGUCAUAUGAAUAAGACAACAGAUAGUGAAUCAAUUUAUUCUCAAUUGGGUAGACGUUUAACGACAACGGCGGCAGCGGCAGCAACGGCAACGACCACUACCACAAUAAUGAUGACAACAACACCAGUUGCUAUUACCGCCAUCAUGACUACAACUACUGCGACGCUGUCAACAGGCCCAUCGUCAACAUCAUCAUAUUCUCAUUAUUAUAAGCCUGUCUCUAGUACUACCUGUGAAUCAUCUGAUCUUAGUCUAAUGACGAAUAUGACUUAUCCGUAUCCAAAACGUGCAGAGAAAGCACCAAUUCAUGAUUUAGUGGAUUCUGUUGAUCAUUUAAGGAAUUUGCAUGAGCUACGCAGUCUAGCUAAAUAUCUGCUAGAUCAAUAUCAUAUUGUUACAACAGAAUUGGAAUUACAAUCUGAUACAAAUUGGUGUUUAAGACAACGAUUAAGCAAUGCCAAUAGUCAAUUGGAUCGUCUAACUGACCUGUUGAAUAAAAGUAGUCGAACAUUUCAAUCGAUUGAUGAACGAUUAACCGCAGAGAUACAUAAACAUUCAACAUUAACAGAACAAUGUGAUAUAGCCCGUCAAGAUACGCGUCGAGUUGUACAUACCUUGAGUGAAAUAAAUCAACGGCAUAAACCGACAAGUGGUCGACGGUUAAAUUUCGUUCCAGAUUCUUCAGAAUAUUUGAUUAAAAGUGGUCCAUCAUCAUCUAUUCAAACAAUGGAGAGUAAAUCCGCCUACAAAUUGAAAUCAAAAUCACAAAUAUCACAGUCAACAACGACAUCAACAUCAAUCCAGUCAAGAAUUAGUGAUCCUGACUUCUUUGUAUUGAAUAGAGUAUAUGUUCCAUUUAGAAUGAUGCAAUCAAUAUCAUCACAAACUGAGAAACGCUGUAGACUCUCCUGUCUACCAUAUAGUGCCAGUAGUCGUCUUACCUGUGGUCCAAAGUUAAAACGUCCUACAAGUCGUAGUAGUAGUUCUAAUAAACUAACUAACGACCGAUCAGAUUCACGUAAACGUCAUCAAUCAGCAUCAGCAUCAACACCAACUGUUGUUAUACCUAUUUCUUCAUCAACUACUUAUAGACGACCGUCGAAUACUCGUCCUCAAGAAAGAGGUGGUGAGGCAGGAGAAGGAGGAGGAGGCGUAGUAGAUGUACAGUCUGAAGGUGGGAAUACUCAACAAACGAAUAAUAAUAAUUAUUAUACAAGUUGGAGUGAAUUUGAAUCAGGUCAACGUAAACUACAAUCAGUAUCAUUAUCGAUUGAAAAAGAUCUAUUACGCUAUUAUCACCAUCAAGAGGAAUCCGCAUCCCAUUUAGGUGCACCAUGUUCUUCUUCAACAAUGAUUACUGAAGAACACGAAGACGAUGAAGGUGAAGAAGCAGAAAAAAGUAAAGAACAUCCGUGUGAAACUCAUCCGCUAUUAGAAGAAUAUUACAGAAAUCAAGAACACCAACAACAACAACAAUCAACUAUAACAUCGUUGUCUUUAUCAUCUCCACCGCCAACGUUGAUGAAAAGUGAAAAUUCCACUUCAUCACAAUCCACUUCAUCAUCAUUAUCAUUUACUAGUUUAGAAUCACAUUCACGUCGUUCUGCUGCUCCUGGUGGGAAUAAUGAAAGCCAAGCCAGUGGUAGUCGUGGUGAUCGUCAAUUACCACUUCGACAGAAGAAAACUAAAUUUCCAUCACGUUUUAUGAAUUUAUUCAAUAAAUCAAAUUAUAAAAAGUCAUAA